UGUGCAUUUUGCAGACUACCGUUGAGCUGCUCCGGGCCCUGGUGACAAUGUCAGGCGUCUGCUUUCCUUUGGCCAUUCUCAGUAUCGUGGCGCGUGCAGUGGCCGUAGCGUUGUUCCUCUGCUGGAUCAAGAUGUGGACCGACGCGGCCGGAACGCUGGACAACGGAGGCUACUCUGACGCCACUUGGGUCACGGUUCUGGGUGCUCUGUGCGUCUGCGACUUGCUGUUCGGCUCCCUGGCUGGCCUUCUGCUGGCGCUGUCCUUCCGACGACUGUCCUCGCGCCUGCACGGCGCCAUGCUCCGGCGCGUGCUGCUCUGUCCGGUUUCCUUCUUCGAGGCGACCCCUCGCGGCAGAUUGCUGAACCGCUUCUCCGCCGACCUGAACUAUGUCGACUGCCAGUUCUACAUGACAACGAAAGAAGUGCUGCAGACUAUCACGGUGGUACUUGCGAGGCUGGCCGUUGUGGGGACGCAGGCUCUUACAGCAUGCCUCCUGGGAGUAGUCGCCACGGGAGUCUACCUUGUCAUCGUGACAGUGACUGUACGGGCUUCCAACGCACUUCGCUCCCUGGAGACAGCCUGCGUGUCUCGCGUCCUGCAGCACCUCACCGAGACCCGAGACUCCAUGAGCAGCGUGCGCUGCUACGGUGCCGUGGCGCUGGUCUGCCGGCGCUUCUGCCGGCUCCUCGACGGCGCCUUGAGGUACUUCUGGGCACUGGCGGCGGCCGUGCGCUUCACGCGCAUCUCCGGAGGAGUCGCGGGACUCUGCGCCGUCGUCACCACGGUUCUCGUCAUGUUCUUCUCGACGGUGCCGCCGUCGCCGAGCGACGUCGGCCUGUCGCUCAGUUCAGCCAUGUCGAUUCCGAUGCUACUGUCGGCCAUCAAUGCCUCGCUUUUCUUCUGUUUUAUGGCCACUAUCGCUUUCGAGCGCGCCGUCGAGUACACCAGGCUACAACCCGAGGACGCCUGUGAUGCGGCUGAAUUGCGGGCCGAGGGCGCGCACAGUUUACACACUUCCUGGCCAGACCACGGAAAGAUAGCGUUCGAAAAUUUCACUGCGUCUUACAAACCCGGCAUCUGCCCGCCCAUCUUGAAGAGCCUCACUUUUGUUAUAGAAGCUUGUGAGAGGGUAGGCGUGGUCGGGCGCACGGGAGCCGGAAAGUCAUCACUCAUUCUUGCCCUUCUGCGGGUGCUGAAGCCUUCAGAAGGACGCAUCGUCAUCGAUGGCACCGACAUCUCUUCGGUUUCUCUUCGACAGCUGCGCUCGGUCAUCACAGUUAUCCCACAGGAGCCGUACCUCAUGAAAGGAAGCCUGAGGGACAACCUGGAUGCCACGCAGAGCCACUCGGACGAUGAGGUCUGGGAGGCGCUCAAGAAAACGCACAUGGCAGACUUCGUGUCCAAGCACCCGCUAGGACUUUUGCUGGAGAUCGAUGACGGAGCUGAGAACCUCAGCGGCGGUCAGCGGCAGUUGUUGUGCCUGGCGAGGGCGCUACUUCGCCGUCCUCGCGUCCUUCUGCUGGACGAGGCCACGUCGCGCAUGGACGGCGACACUGACAGGCUGGUACAGAGGACCCUGCGCGAUGGCUUCUCCCGCUGCACCGUGCUGACGAUCGCUCACCGGCUGAACACUGUGCUGCACUGCGAUAGGAUCUUGGUGAUGAGCGAAGGCUGCGUCGCUGAAUUCGGCACCGUAGCGGAUCUUGCUGCUAACCCGAGCUCUAUUUUCGGCGUAAUGGCACGGGCUGCAGGCAUCGACACUUCGUCGUUACAGAACAAUGGUUAUUCCGUGCGCCUUUGAGCAACCGAGAGCAGAGGCGACAUGGAGUAACCUGGAGGUGAAUGGAACCUGCAUCUCUCGGGUGUUACGUGGAACCUUACCUUUAACUCGGCACCUCUUGGGCGUUUCAAGGGCUGGGUGAACACAUCUUCGCUCUUUCGUUAGGGAAUGACCAUGAUGAAGCGACAAGUCCGCAUGGAACAAUGUUAAAAAAGCAGACGUCAAAAUUCUAUGAAAGAUUAUUACCGAAAAAAAAAGCGUCUAAAAUAAACAAAAUUGACGCCUAAAUAAGCUAAACUUCAGUUUAGGCUAAUUAGUUCACUGCUCUAAAGAUUAUGUAAAUGGCAAAAAAAAAAAGCGAGGACGCGGUUUAUAAGCCAGAAAUACACACAUGCGUGUCAACUGCCCAUGAUAACUCGUUGCUCAAGCGAUGGGAGCAUGCAAAUGGUUGGCCUCCCGGAUAUUCUUUUUCGCAACGUGGGUGCUACUCGUGCAUCCGCGAGACAAAUGGCUGCGGGGACGACUGUCCAGCGUGCAGUAAUGACGCCGCCCAGCCGGCUGCGAAAGCAUGCACACGACGAACGAGGCACGUAGACGACGCAGACGAAAAACACUACACUGUAGAUUCAGCAGUUUUUCAAACACCAGCAGUACACUGGUUUAGGAGUAACGUUAAGAUGGAGGCAGCGAUGGCUGUUCUUUACGACUGAAGUUGUAUAUGACGAGUAUUUGCUUUGGUCAUAACGAUGCUCGAAAAAAAAGAACAUACAGCACUUGUCGCCAGAUCUACAAAUGAUUCUUGGCUAAAUCCACGGUGUUGAACAACCAGAAUCUCGAUAUGGGAAAUAGCUCAGCAUUUCACGUCCGUGUAGGACAGAUGACAGCAAUCCCUCUAGCACAGAAAAUACGUAUUUGUUCCGUCUUGUGGAUAUACUAUUAUCAGUGAGCUACGUAGCAGACUGGUCGAGUUGCGCAUUAUUAAAAUAAAUUCGUUUCAUAUGAGAGAAAAAAAAAAAGCUGCCGUUUCUUCUUGUCAGAGCCAAAUCUCUUUAUAGUCAACAACAGAAAGCCAAUUUCCUUCCGAUCGGAGCGCAAUUAUUAAACAAAACAAACAAACUGUUCUCUCGAGCAUCAGAUAAAGCACUUUGGCGAUCGUUAUGGCUAAUUCAAUAAGGACACUUUAAAGACUUAGCAUUGCUAAAGCUUGGUGCACUUUCACGCAUCUCUGACGUGACUGUUCAUUUAUCGCGAAAAUGUGCAAACCCGAAGUAUGUGCCACACUUAUCGUUGUCCCCGACUGAGCGACACCCUGGAGGAAAAAAAAAAGAAGAUAGUGCUCUAGUGGGCUUUCUUAGGCAAAUAACACUACUGUACACGCCGAUCUCUCACACGCGCAAGAACAUCAAUAAUAGUAAAUAAAAUGGGUGCAUCAAGGAGCUUUUCUUGUCAAACGAAGACGCACUGCUGCGAGACCUCUUUAGAUUCCCGGUAUUUACGGUUCACUAGAUGCUCACAAAAAGCGUCGCGUGUGUUUCACACGUCGUAAUGUGCCAGCUGUAUGAAGAAGCCUGGGACGCGCCUAUGUAACAAUCGUAUUUCAAUUCUAUUUAUCUUCACGCUUCUUUAGUCAGACAGAGUGGCUCUCUGCCUACGAUAGCUGCAGGACUUGCCAGUCGUAAGAAGUUGAUAAUACGAACGCUCUAUAAUCACACGAAAAUAAUCUUCCCAUUAUACCGGUCUUGCGAUAUAUACUAGAAUUUUUUUUUCUUGCACUUGACAUCUUUGAAGGUGUGCGAAUCUAGCUUCAAAAGGACCCUGUCGUUGUAGGUCAUAACAGCAAAAUCUGCACUCCUCUGAUUUAAAAGUACUGUAGUACCAAUUAUCAAUUAUCGCGCCCUAGUCUAGCGCGUGUAUUCCCUGUGAAUCACUUUGGGUUAAGUCAAGUUAAGACGACGUCGGAGCCCAGCAAAGACCGUCCAUCGCUGAGGCGUGAUGUCGGGUGCUAUACGUCACUCAAUAUUGAUAAUAUCAUUAGCAUGGCGAAUCGGCCGAGUUGGCUUCUUAUCCGU